AUGCCGCCGAAACCAAUCAAUCCCAAUGAACAUCUGGCCAUACCUGAGUGGAUAAAUGAGGAGUACAUCCGACCCAUUCUGGAGAAAGAUGUCACAGGCUUCGAUAAAAUUGUGAACUUCACCGCGAUUGCAGCCACGGCUCCGGGGGAGAACUACACCUCGAUUAUGGUUAGGGUUGUGGUGGAUAUUUUAGUAAAAGAUGGCAGUGAGCAAAGGAUCUCCUAUAUAUUGAAAACCGGACUGGACAUUAACAAAGGCGGCGCCAUGGUCCAUCAGAUGGGACUAUUUCCCAAGGAGAAGGAGAUGUACCAAAAUCACAUUCCCCAUUUUGUGAAGCUCUAUAAGAAGGCUGGUUUGGACAUCGAACUGGCCCCCAGGUGUGUUCACAUCGAGGAGACGCCGGAAAGGAUUACCUUGAUCUUCGAGGACCUGAGUCGUCAAAACUUCCGUAACUUUGAUCGUCUCAAGGGAUUUGACCUGCCACACAUCCGUUGUGUUCUCCGGAAAUUGGCGGAACUCCAUGCUGCCUCGGCUGUCUAUCGAACAGUGAAUGGACCCUAUGCGGAGCGAUACUACAACUCCAUGUUUGUGGAGGCAAACAGGAGUUUCUUUAUUCCCCUUAGGGAGAUGAGGGAUGCCUCCUACUUCAAGGCAAUGAAGGAAUGGGGCAUUCCGGAUGUGGAGAGAUACAUCAAGAAGUUUCCCUCACCCACCGAAGGCUUCGAGGAAGGCCUUCGCUUGAAUAAGGUGGACGAGAGCGACUUCAAUGUGCUGAACCAUGGGGACUCCUGGUCGAAUAACAUCAUGUUCAACUACAAGGAUAACGGGGAGAUAGACAGGACCAUCUUUGUGGACCUACAAAUGGCCAAGUGGGGCACUCCGGCUCAGGAUCUCUGGUACAUGAUUCUCACAUCCGCCUCGCUAGAAAUUAAGGUCACGGAGUUUGACCUUUUUAUACAGAUCUAUCACGAGCGCUUGACCGAGUGCCUGCAACUCCUAAACUAUUCGAAAAGGAUUCCCACCCUGAGGGACUUGCACGCGAUGAUGAUCAAAUACGGAUCUUGGGGCCCCUUCACAGCUACUGGAGUGAUGGUGGCCACUCUUAUGCCCUCGGACAAGGAGUCCAAUAUGGAAAAGAUGCUGGCUGCUGGCCCCGAAGCUGAGGCCUUCCGCUACAAAACCUUUACCAAUUCCUACUACGUCAAGGCCAUGCGGCAAUUGCUGCCCUUUUUCGAUAGAAAAGGUCUUUUUGAGUAUUAG